UCACUCGUAUCUUUUUCUUCUCCCUCCACGUUCAAUUCAAUAUUCGAUUCCGUGGGAGGGAGAGAGGAGAGGGGAGAGGGAGAGCGAGAGCGAGAGAGAGGGAGAGAUAGAGGCGCUCGGAGCGAUCUCUCUCUCUUGGGUUCUCACAAAUCCAAAGCAGAAUCUCAGAUCGGAGCUGUCUUCACUCUGUUACAUAGUAAGGUGCCAAGAUGGUUGCACAGGGCUUUACUGUGGACUUGAACAAACCUCUUGUCUUCCAGGUCGGCCAUCUCGGCGAAUCCUACCAAGAGUGGGUUCAUCAGCCCAUUGUUAGCAGGGAAGGCCCACGCUUUUUUGCAAGUGAAUUCUGGGAGUUCUUGACUCGGACAGUAUGGUGGGCGAUUCCCCUCAUUUGGCUUCCAGUUGUACUUUGGUCCAUCUUCACAUCGAUCCAAAUGGGCCUCAUACUUCCAAAAGUAGUAAUAUUGGUUGCUUUCGGGAUAUUAGUGUGGACAUUACUGGAAUACACUUUGCACCGUUUCCUUUUCCACAUCGAAACAAAAAGCUAUUGGGGAAACACUGCGCACUAUCUUCUUCAUGGCUGCCAUCAUAAGCACCCUAUGGAUGGGUUACGUCUUGUUUUUCCUCCUGCUGGAACAGCUGUUCUAUCAGUACUGUUCUGGAACCUGCUUAGACUCGUCUCAUCUCCUGCUGCUACACCUGCUUUGUUUGGUGGCGGCUUGCUCGGCUAUGUUAUGUACGACGUUACCCACUACUACCUCCACCAUGGACAUCCAUCUACAGAAGUGCCUCGUGAGCUGAAGAGGUAUCACAUGAACCAUCACUUCAGGAUUCAAGAUAAGGGUUUUGGGAUAACAUCUUCACUAUGGGACUGGGUCUUCGGAACACUUCCUCCUUCCAAGGCUCCUCAAAAGAAGAGAUAAUUUAAUAGAAACUGCAGAGGAAAAUUGCAAUUGGGUUCUUUGAGGUGUGCGUGUAAAGGAGGGCCUGGCUUACAUUGAAUAUCAUUGUUGUUAUCUAGUGUCAUUGUUUAUUUAUGUAGUAAUAUAGGCCAGUUUUAGCUUA